AUGGAGAUUGCUGCGGCGGUGGGUGUCAUUGCAUCCGUUCCGAUUCUCUAUAGAGCAGUCAGACCUCAAUUGAAAUCCACAGUGGAAUGUUGGUUUUGUCACAGUUCAACCAAAGUUGACUACAGUAAUCGCAACAGUUUCACAUGUCCAUCUUGUGAACAAUACAAUGGUUUCACUGAAGAUGGUGACUACAAUAAACGAAUUCCUGCUCAAACAAACAUCUCAACAACAAGAUAUUGUGAACCUCUGAAACCAAAACCUGAAAAAUCAAACGGAUUGCUUGCUCGGUUCGGUGGAGUGAAUAUGAGUCCAAAAUCUGCGAAUGGUCUGUGCUCAGAUUGCAAUCUAGGUCAAGAGAUUAUAAUGCAGAGUGUGGGAAACUUUGAACCAGUUGAUGAGGAUCGGUGGAAUGAAGAGCUAGAAGAUUACCGUUAUAAACUGGAGAGAAGGUAUCAAUUGUGUCCAAGAUGUACGCUUCAAGUUCAUGGAAAGCUCAACGAAGAUAAAAAAAAAUACUCAUAUUUACUGGAUGUUCAAUACAAACUGAAACAUGCGAUUGGAUCAACACUGCGAGAAGUGGUAGGGAAUCGAAAUAAAUCACGUCGCUGGUUUUUUGCUGGUGGCAGCGUCUGUGAAGCUCUCCACUUCGGAUGCCUUAUCUCUUCUGCAUUCCUUUUUUUGGCCAACAUCGAUUUCCUGCAACAAGACGCUGGUGCAUCCCUGAUGAAUUUGCCCAAAGUCAUUCAAGAUCAACUCCCAGUUCUAUAUACCAACUCAUUUGCCAUCAACUUUAUCAUAUUUUUCUCGCAUCUGAUUGCUGCAUUCAACAACAAAUGUCGAGUCACACUUCCGGAUCUUUUGCUCCCGAUCAUCCUGAUUAUUGCAAUGCUAACCCAUUUGGCUCCAAGUGACGGUCUAUCACAAGAUGUGGCUCUGAUCAGAGGUGCAUGUGCUUCGUUCGCAACUAUUUUGGCAAUGGCGGUAACAUUGCUUCCAAGGAAACGAUUGCACAAAAAAAAACCGAAUACGAUGAUUUCUAGUGCCUUCUCAGUUGCCUCAACUCCAAUUUCUCAAUGUUCAUCUCAGAAUAGUCGAAAUAAUUCACUUCUGGAGCACGAGGAGCCGGCUCUUAGGAAGUCACCGAAAUCACCUUCAGAAAGCAUUACCACUACUCCAACAAACCGUCUUCGCGACAUAACAAACUGGAAUCCAACUCGACGAGAGGACAAGGAAAAUAGUAUGGUAGAGUCAAUGGACUGGGACGACAGUGAAACAGUUCGCACCGCUCAAAGCUAUUUCCGACCUGGACUACUUUCCCGUAACGCUGGUGAAAACAUCGGUUCUUUGACUCCUCAACAAUUAGCUCCUUCUGUGGCCAGUUUGAAUCUCCUUGGAAGUGCCAGACCAUUGGAUUCUCCGAGUAUCUUUUCAAGACAACGCCGGCAAAUAAUGCAGCAACAGAACCAAACACCAACAAGAUCCUUAUUUGGAACACCAGCACGAUCCAUGGUAGCAUCAAACAUGGAGAGAAGCCAAUACCUGCCUCCAGAUACAUACAGCGCAUGGCAGUGUCGCGUCGUCGGAAUCCUCUUCGCCCUCGUUUUUAUCGUACUCAUCAUACAGAUUGGACUUUUAUACGCUCUUAUUCUCCGCAACUAG